AGAGCGCAUACAGUGCUUUUGGAUCCUCUUGUUCUCGCAAACAAUAAGUCUGUGUCGCGUCCCUUCCUUUACCAACAUUCCCUCCUUUGCGCUUUCCCUCGUUUCAUGGGUGGCAUCUGUGGUUUCUGUUCUGACCCUGUUAACUUUGACGGCGAGGUCGAUCUCUAUCAUUUCGACCUCCAUAGAGCUGUAGGAAAGGGCGCCUUUGGAAAGGUCAGAGUUGUCGAACACAAGAAGACACAGAAGUUAUAUGCCUUGAAAUAUAUUGACAAGGCCAGGUGUAUUAAACAAAAAGCCAUUGCGAAUAUCAUUCAAGAGAGGCGGCUCUUGGAAGAGAUCGAUCAUCCCUUUAUUGUCAACCUUCGGUAUGCAUUCCAAGACGACGAGAACUGCUUCUUCGUGCUGGACCUCAUGCUGGGCGGAGAUCUGAGAUUUCAUUUGGAGAGGAGAGGCCGAAUGGAGGAAGAAAUUGUUCGCUUCUGGGCCGCCGAACUUGCAUCGGCAGUACACUACCUACACAUGCAACGCAUCAUUCACAGAGACCUCAAACCAGACAACAUUCUUUUGGAUUCCAUGGGCCACGCCCAUAUCACCGACUUCAACGUUGCUAUCCAUUAUUCGGAACGUCGACUACAUACAAGCAUAGCGGGCAGUAUGGCUUAUAUGGCGCCCGAAGUAGUCGGGCGGAAAGGCUAUACAUGGCCCGUAGAUUGGUGGAGUCUAGGCGUCGUUCUGUGGGAACUGUUGUUCCAUCGGAGACCGUUUGAUGGACGCACUUCGGAGAAGAUGACGCAUUCUAUCUUGAAAGAUCCAUUACGGUUCCCUUCAAAUGUAAACGAAUAUGUCAGUAAAGAGGGACAAGAUUUUCUCCGUGGUUUGCUUGACAGGAACCCGAGGACACGGUUGGGCUGCCGAAAUGGGAGAACAAAUGGCAUGGAUGAUAUACACGACCAUCCUUGGUUCUCAUCUAUUGACUGGGAUUCGCUCGAAAACAAGGAGUCUCAACCCCAUUUCGUACCGGACAUGAAGAAAGCAAACUUCGAUGUGACCCAUGAAUUGGAUGAGUUCCUCAUGGUCGAUAAACCGCUAACACAUUCCAAGCGGAAAGUGAACCCAGAUCUGGAAAAGAUGAAGCCCGAGCUGCGUCAGCUUGAAGAGCAGUUCACCGUUUACGACUUCACCAAGACUAAACGAAUGUCGUAUUACCCUCACAACCAACCUAUCGUCACCUCCAACCACCAGGAUGAUUUAGAACCUGCGACCGUACUACCCUCUGCUACCAACACACUCGUGCCUACCGCCACCGUGAUUGAACGGUCCCAAGCAGGUUCUCCUGUGAUGGAUUUUGACCGCAGUCAAGCGUGCUCACCACCAUUGCAGACUAUCGUAACAGACGAGUGCAUGCAUAGUCGACACUCAUCAUAACCGGAAUCUUACCCGGUCCUCAUUUGUACGCAUCUGAUCAACAGCUUGACCUGUCAUCCUUAACUUGACGCUGUCUAUCAUCACAGUGGUCACCAUUCUUCAGCAUCUGAUAUCUCACUCUGCAUACCUCUCGCCUCAAUUGCAUCUGUUCCGGCCUAAUGACUUGUUCGUUUACUACGGACAUUCGUUCAUUGUAAUCUGUCUCCAUCAUUUCCCUCUUUCAUCGGCGCAUAUAGUCAUGCAUUGGCUGGCUCCAAUCCCUGUCGAUAUCAUCUCUGUUUUUCUCAUACCUCAUGCUCGGGUCGUUGUUUUGUUCAUUCGAAUUUGGAAUCUUUCUUGCUCUCGUUAUCCCGUUCGUUUUCUUAUUUCUAUUGCAAUAUUACCCUAAUUGUACAUCAUCGUCUCUCUCUCAUCAUACCAUGCAAAAUCUUUACCCUGCUAUCAUCUGACAUUGACCAUCGUUCCUGUUGGUUGACAUCGACACUUGACGGGCUUCCCGAUUGGCAUGAUAAUAAUCGACUCAGACUUCGUUUCUGAUGUUCGUGCUUCUGGCCUCUACUUCGUAACAUUCACAACUGGGGAAGUUUCUUUGGACUGCAUGCACACAAUAACACUCUUGUACUGUAUGAAGAUGGCAUCUAUUGUUGUACUAUCGUAGUGGCUAUCAACAAUAGUGGUAGCUUUGGGAAAUGAACUUCGAGAACCAG